AUGCCCAUGCACGAGCACCUAAGGAGUCCGUCCCUCCACACUCCUCGCCCGAACACUCCCGGCGGCAUCGGCAUCGGAACCGGCGACGAAGCACCCUGCCGGAGCCGCUCGCUCGUCCCUCACCGGCCCUCGGUCGAACGCCGAGCGACAUCGGACGCUGCCGACGAAAACGCCGUCCUCCGAUCGCCUCUCGAACACCACCAGUCCCGGCUUGCGGAGGCGGGAAUGUCUCACGACGACUCUCCCCGGACAAGCCAGGUCUCUUCGCCUCCAGACGAUGCACCCGUCUCGUGCCGAAUCGCUGCCAACUCUCCUCCUCCUGCGAUGCACCGUCCGGAGGCCUUGACGCCGCUGCAGAGAUGGGCGGUUUCUGCUUCGGACCCCCAGUUCAACGCAGUCGCCGGUGCCAUCGGCGGCUUCACCUCCGGCGUCGUCACGUGUCCGUUGGAUGUCAUCAAGACGAAGCUGCAGGCCCAGGGGGGUGGUGGCCACCAAUUCGUCGGCAACGGCAUCGACGUCGGCCAACCGAGGCUGUACAAUGGCCUGGUCGGCACCGCCAAGGUCAUAUGGCGCCACGAAGGCAUGCGGGGCAUGUAUAGGGGAUUGGGGCCCAUCAUCCUCGGCUACCUGCCCACCUGGGCCGUCUGGUUCACCGUGUACAACAAGAGCAAGCUGUGGAUGGCUCAGCAUUCAGGGAACACGCACGUGGUCAAUUUCUGGUCCUCCAUCAUCGCUGGCGCGAGCAGCACCGUUGCUACGAAUCCGAUAUGGGUCAUCAAGACCCGUCUCAUGUCGCAGAGCCACUCCCCUCGGGCGGAGCACCACUAUCACUCGAUGGUUCGCAAGCCUGGAGAGAGCAUGCCGAUGGCGCGGCCGGCACCGAAUGAAUCGUGGCACUACCGCUCGACGCUCGACGCCGCACGAAAGAUGUACACGUCCGAAGGGCUCGCUUCCUUCUAUUCCGGCCUCACACCCGCCCUUCUCGGCCUCACCCACGUGGCGGUCCAGUUCCCGACGUACGAGUUUCUCAAGACGUCAUUUACCGGUCACGGCAUGGGAGAAGCGCCCGCCCACGGAGAAAAGGCGCAUUGGAUGGGCAUCCUGUCCGCGUCGAUCCUGUCCAAGAUUCUAGCCAGCAGCGCCACGUACCCGCACGAAGUUAUCAGGACGCGGCUGCAGACGCAAAGGCGGCCGCUGGCCGGAGAACAGUACCUCCAGGGCCUGGGCGUCUCGGCAUCGUCCAACGAAUCGACGUGCAGGGACAGUCGCAAAUACAAGGGCAUCGUCAUGACCUUUCGCACCAUCCUCGCCGAGGAAGGCUGGCGAGCAUUCUACGCCGGACUCGGCACCAACAUGAUGCGGGCUGUGCCUGCGGCGACGGUGACCAUGCUGUCGUACGAGUACGUCAUGCGACAGCUCAACGAGGCCAGGCUUGCUGGCAAGGAGAAGAAGGCGGCCCAGGCUGGUUCCUUGUGA